GCAGUGUUCUUCUUAUCAUUUCUCAGCUGAAGUCUACAGCUACACGUGCCAAUCUGGUUGCCUAUCUUAUGUUUUCUUACUUCGUUUCCCUUCCCCUCAUUCCCUAACCUGUCUUUAUAUUCCGACGUGCACUGCAAAUAAACGCCCAUUCUUCCAGCUUGUAAGCGUGUGUCUGCCUCGCCUGCGUCAAGCGCAGUGUCCGACUUACGAUGUAACAGUGGCGACGAGAAACGGAAAGCAAAACCCCUGGCAAAACCUUGAAGCACAGGACGGCAGCUACGCUACGAGGCGACGACUCGACGAUGGCACACCAGCAACUGCCCGACUUCGACGACGAAAGAGACGACUGGAAGGCCUAUGUUAUCAAGGCAGCGGCAUACUUUGAGGCAACGGGCGUGAAGGAGUCGGUAAAGAAACGGGCACUUUUGGUGGCAGCUUUAAGCACGCGCACCGUUCAAAUAUUAGCAGGACGAGUAGCGCCGAAGAAGCCGAAUUCUUUGGAGUACGAAGACGUCGUGAAAGUCUUGGACGAGUUUUUUGAUCUCAAGCGCCAUGAGAUUACCGAAAGCUUCCGCUUCUUCAACCGCUGCCAGCUUGAUGGUGAGUCUCCGUCUACCACCACGCAGGUCACUGCUGACGUGUUUGCCGAGUUUCCAGAUGUUUUCAGCUCGGAUCUGGGCCUCAUCAAAGAACCCGCGGCACACCUACAGCUGAAGGAGGGAGCCACGCCCAAGUUCUAUCACCAGCCGCUCCUGGGCCUGCUGAGACCGGAUCGGCCCACUCCGCCUCUGGCUGCUGCUCGCAUACAGCGCUGGGCGCUGUAUUUGGGAGGAUUUCGCUACAAGUUACAGUAUUCGCCAGGCAAAUCGGGAACAUCGGAUGACUGGACUCUUGCACCAGACACAAAUGUUUACGUCCGUAACUUUGGUAAAGGUGAUAAGUGGAAGACUGGCACGGUAAAGUCAGCAGACGGAGCUAGGAUGGUGACAGUGGAAACGCCUGAGGGCCUCGUUCGGCGACACGUUGAUCAAGUUCACACAAGGAAAGACCCAACGGCUACCCAAGGCCACACGGAAAGCGAGAGCUCGUCCAUCUCGAGAACUCCGGAAGAAACUUCCGAACCAAAGGCGAAAGCCGGAACUCGUGAAACGUCACCACCACAGCGUCAGUCAUCACCCCAACCCCUGGACGCACGAGAGAGAAACGGUGGACCUACAGUGGCCCCGGAACUCCGACGCUCAACCCGAGAGCGCAGACCUGUGCAGCGUCUUCAGUAUUAUUGA